UCACUCACUGCUAACUUUGCAGCUUCACAUCAUUUUACAAGGGCUCGUGCUUAUUCUUCUGAUUGGGCAUGGUUUUCUCCUUAUCAUAUGCCCGAAAGGAGCCGAAACCAGAAACUUCUCUUGGGAGUUGUGAUUUCUUUUUUUGACGUUUGAGAAGUUGUUGUGAUCAUUACCAUGGAUUAUGGCCUAGGCAUACCUGGAGAUGGAAGAUGUUUGUUCCGGUCUGUAGUUCAUGGUGCUUGCCUGAGAGCAGGGAAGCCAACUUCAAGUGAUAGCCGUCAGAAAGAACUUGCAGAUGAGCUCAGAGCUAAAGUUGCAGAUGAGUUCAUUAAGAGGAGAGCAGAAACCGAAUGGUUUCUUGAAGGUGAUUUUGACAACUAUGUUGGAGAGAUGCGACAGCCACACAUUUGGGGAGGAGAGCCUGAGUUGCUGAUGGCCUCCCAUGUCCUACAGAUGCCAAUCACUGUUUACAUGAAGGACAAGAAAUCUGGUAUCCUCAUAAUCAUAGCUGAGUAUGGUCAGGAGUAUGGCAAGGAUAACCCUAUCCGUGUUCUUUAUCAUGGAUAUGGACACUAUGAUGCAUUGCGCAGCCCAAUUGGUGGCGCAGAAUCCAAGUGGUACAAGAAAAAAUAAAGGGAUAUGGAAGUAGAAUAUGGGAUCAUCUUAGGAAUCUUGAAGUGUACCUUGUGGUGUUUGCAAAAUGCUAAAAGAGAACGGUUCUCUAUUUGAUGUUGGAAACAGUAUCAUUCUUAAUGGAUUUAAAAUCAUCUCCAAUAAAACUCUGAACUUUGUUCUGCAAAUUAAAUUGCAAACAUGCCGCUGUUUCCAGGUGUGGAUAAUGAA